CUCAUUCGUCGUGACCGAGCUGGAAUUACUGCUGCAUUAUGGCGCAGGCGCAGGGAGGGUGUACAUUGUGCAUCCACAAUCAAAACUAUAACAGUGGACUGCAGCGGCCGCGAGCGUUCAGUCCGCGCGCGUCUCCACGCGCACCGCAACGUGAACGAACGAAAGUGAAAUUACCUCAGUGAAAAUGACAGUGUGGCUACUAACCUUUUGCGUGUUCAUCCUUGCUUUAGCUAGUUCUAGUAACCAAAAUGAACAUGACGAGAAAGUGAAGAGUUAUCAGCUGGAUGUUCCUGGGAAAGAGCCGAUUACAAUUAUAGAAAGAGCACCCGAUAGUGAAUUUCCUAAAUGGAAGGAUAUUACUGUGGAUCGAAGAGAAGAGGAUAUGGAAUUGAAGAAUCUGAUGACGCAUAUUGUUCACGAUAUCAAUGGGAAUACUCCAAGAUGCUAUGGACCGUCUUGUCAAGAAGGAUACAAUGGUAAUGAAGGACCUCAUGAAGGUUAUGAGGAUUAUAUGGUGGAUGAGGAGAAAAUGAAAAAUUAUCACGAUUACUCAAAUGAUCGUCUACAAGCAAUUACAGCUUUAGCAGCAAAACUUAAAAAAGAUAAAUUGAAAGCUGAUCGUUAUCCAAGUAUGGAAAGUGAAGAUGACGAUGAGGAUGGAAAUGGCAAAGUCUAUACUACAUGGAAUAGAUUAAAAGUAAAACAACAUAAACAUCCUUAUGAUGAUAAAGAUGGAUGGGUGACGCUUGAGCCUGUUGCAUGGUCUACUAGUAAAAUAUCAAAGUGGAAACCAAAUGUUAAGAAACAAAAACCUAAUCAUUGGAAUGAUAACAAUAAUAGAUUUCCAGACGAUGAUAGAUAUAACUCCUAUCCAGAUUCUGGUACUAGCUAUAGCUUUCCGCAUAAAAGACCCAGUCAAAAUCGUCCCGGAUAUAUCAAUAAUAAACUUCAAGUACCGCUGACGUAUGAUACUGACGACUAUAACGUACCUAAAAAACCAACAUGGAAUAAGCCACAACAAUCAUCUUACUCUUCUUCAUGGUCUCCAGAUGAAGGAAGGCGUCCUCAUAAACCCAGUUGUGAUUCUGAAGAACAUCGUCCAAAUGACGAUACAGUAUUUUAUGGGAUAUCUGAUUCUGUAGUAACUGACCAUCGUCCGUCACAUUUCCCAUAUGAGUACGAAGCGCUUCAUCAAGCUGCAAUACACAAGCGUCCAAUGAGAAGACCAACCGAAGUAGUAUAUGCUGGAAACCCAGAUUUAGACAGUGAUUAUGACUCUAGUGAUUCUAGACCUCCUUAUGGUGAUGGUCAAUGGGUAUUGCUAUCUACAACUAAAGGAUAUAGAAAUAAAAAACGCCAGAGAUCAUUGAAUCCGUCGAGUACACCAGUUGAUGGCGGUUCCGACUUUGGAUCUGUGACCUCACAUCAGGCUGUGGCAUUAACUGUUUUACCUAUAGAUAAUGCUAAAAAGAAUAUGACUACAUCUCAUGGGGGAUUGUUAGAAGUUGAGAAAAGUUUUCAAACGGUAGAAGAAUCUAAGCGAGAUAUGGACAAGAAGAACGAUUUGGAUAUGUCGGAAUCGAAGCCAGUGAGAAGAGUUAUUAGAAAGAAGGUUUCAAACGUAGCUCCUGAUAGAUCUACUAUAUUGGCAGCAGUUGGAGCAGGCAUGGUGCCUGCGACAAUGGCUAUGGUGGUACCUAUGAUGCUGGGCCGUAGACGGCGAAGACGAGAUCUCAGUAGUACAUCACAGCAAGAUAUAGACAAUAUUUUUUAUAAAUAUAAUUAGUAAUUAUAAUAAGUAGGAUUAAGUAAUUUAUUGAAUAAUUUAUACCGAACUGUGAUUGCCAAAUUUUUUUAAAUGGAUGUUACCAUUCCAUAAACAGUUAUGAAUACUGAGUAAUUGUUAUAUGUAAUUAAUAAUAGUUCCUUUUAAAAAGGAUUACUAAUUUAUUUUGUAGUUUUGUAAGUACCAUUAAUUUAUUAUAUAAUUAAUUAUGUAAGUCAUGUUUUAAUUUGAAAUACUCCAAAACGAGUUGUAGCUUAAUUUCGCCAACAAUAGAACUUAGAACCCUUCAGAGAACUUUAUAACUGACUUAAUGGUGUUUAUUAUUUACGACAUUUCGUGUUGUAAUUUAUUUUCUGACGCUGUAAUGUAUUUUAGAGAGGUACUUUAGUGCUUAUUGUGUGAAAAAAUAUUUCAGAACUUUAUAUAAUAAUCUAGAGGGUAGUAAUUUAAUUUCCUAUUAGCUCUGUCGGCGACUUUGUCUGCAUAGUGGUUGAAAUUAAUUCAUUAAAUAUAUAAAUAUGAUUAUU